CAAUCGGGUGGGCAACCACCGCCACCGGUACCAGUACACCAAACUUCUCUCGUCUCCUGUCGAAAUUUGGACUUUGCUUCGUCUAAAAUUCAACGAGUGAAUUAGUUAUAUACUACCAGAUUAAGGUACUUAUGAAUUAAGUAUUUUAAUCGCUCAGUUUGCAAUUACUAGUAGUAUUUCAUUCUCAUUUCCCAGCUGAAGAAGCAAACACGCCACACACACCAGCACACCACAAGAAACACGCACUCAAAUGGACUCAUCAUCAUCAUCAUCUUUGGACAGCCACCGAGCUGCCUACUCACCCUCCGCCCCACCCGUGCCCGACCCGGAUCAGGAACCCAGGUUGGCCCACCCGUAUUACCCCUCUCGUUCUUCUCAAGACCAGUACUACCGUCCUCCCGCCUCCUCCUCUUCCUCUUCCUCCUAUACGGGUCACACUUAUCACCAGAGUCAGUACCCGACGCUUACACCGACCGGCAGCUUCAGCAGCAAUUAUGGGUCAGGUCAUUCAUCUCAUUCGGAUCCUGGCUACGGGUAUGGUUAUCCUCCUCCCCAGCCCCAGCAGCAGCAGCAGUAUCAGAGCUAUAACUACAAUGCUUCCUUUCCACCUGGGACCGACCCGGGUGUGAUUCGGACCUUCCAGAUGGUGGAUAGGGAUGGCAGUGGGUUCAUUGAGGAAUCGGAGCUCCGACAAGCUCUUUCUUCGGGCUAUCAAAGGUUCAGCAUGCGGACUAUCCGUUUACUAAUCUUUCUCUUCAAGAACCCUUCUGAUUCUGCUCUCAAAAUCGGGCCCAAGGAGUUUUCUGCUUUAUGGAGUUGUCUUGGUCAAUGGCGAGCCAUAUUUGAGAGGUUUGAUAGAGAUCGAAGUGGGAAAAUUGAUGCAACAGAACUAAGAGAUGCUCUCAAUGGUAUAGGCUAUGCAGUACCACCUUCUGUAUUCCAAGUUCUCAUUUCCAGAUACGAAGAAGGAAAUGGCAGAAGAGUUGAGCUCAGUUUUGACAGUUUUGUUGAAUGUGGGAUGAUUGUGAAGGGUUUGACUGAAAAGUUCAAGGAGAAGGAUCCACGUUAUACUGGAUCAGCUACAAUGACCUAUGAUUCGUUUAUGAGUAUGAUCAUACCUUUUCUUGUAUCGUACUAGCUACCUGCUAUCAACAAUCUUUAUCAAUUCUUGAUUUGUUGUCUGUUGUUUGAGGUGAAACUGUACAUCGUUAGGGUGAGGUGCGUGAAAUGUUCAGGAGACAUGGAAGGGAUGUAUAUCUUUGUGUACAGAGUUUUUCUAUUGUCAUGUUUGACUGGUUUUUCGAGAUUCGAUUGAAUCGAGAUUUUAUUUAUGUAUGAGACAAAUUUUCUAGCAAGCCUAGUAAUUGGCAAGUCUGAACUUCAAAUUGAUUUUCCCCCCAACCAUUCUCUCGUGCGUUCUUGAUCUAGUGAGCAUCAGCAAAUUGCUUUCCAGCUAAGGUGAAGAGAGAUGAAGACCAUAUUGCCAUGCUCUGACAGAAAUGGUUCAAACUCUGGUUGAUUGCAAGGAGGGAAGGGCCAUUUGAAAUUUUUUUGUUUGUGACCCCAGUGUAUUGAUGUUUUUUCUUUCUCUUCGGAACAUGGAAUAGAUGAAGAUCAAUUUUCAA